UAUAUAACAUACAGCAUAGUCGGAGCCACAGCCACACUCUUUAACACGCUAAAAUAGUCCAGUGUGUUAUUAAAUGAAUCUCAGCAACCAGUCACAUCUGAAUCGGAUCUCCGUCUGCAUACAUGUGAGUUUGGUGGCAAUUUUAGCACAGUAUUUGUGCUGGGUCAUGGGCAUUAAAAAGCACGAUUGGCAUGCAUAGAGAGCAAAGUUAUUGUUGUGUUAACUAGCUGACUAGCAAUAGCUAACUAGCUAUAGUUAACUACGUUACCUUACAAUGCGCUAGAAGCCUCUUUAUUUACUGCUUCCUGCCAUUGUCAGUCUUUUUUUACAUUAUCACUUUAUAACAAGCUGGUAUAAACAGCUGGUAUUGCUAUCCUGAAGUAUAAUCCUGUGCUUUUGUUACUAUUAUUGCCUUACAGUUCUGAAUUAUAUUGGCUCAACGUUGUAUGCUUACUAAUGGUGGUUUUCCAGUUUGCCAAAUGUCGCCCUGAAACAUAAAGCUUAUUACGCUUCUGACAGAGACUAAAGGAGCCUGCAGAAUGGAUGACCUCAGUCAGUUCCUGAGAGAAAGAAAGGUUCCUGAGGAAACAAUAUGGACAAUGGAGCAGGAAAAGAUUGAUAGAAGCACUAUAGUGUUGAUGACCGAUGAGCAGCUGAAGACUUAUUUACCAUCAUAUGGUGAUCGUCUAGCAGUAAUGGGAUUUUGUAGGCGAAGUGAAGGUAACCACAAUGAAACUCGGAAAUCAAGGCUUUUUGAUCGGCUGAGAAACAGAUUAUCCAGAAGAAAACUUUCCAAUGAUGGAGAUCAGAAUACAGAGCACAGUGGUCAACCCUCUCAAAAAAGGAAUGCUCUGAAGACCAUGAGAAAAGUAGAAAUAGGAUGGAUGACCUAUGAUAACGAAAAUCAAAAUUUCAGGCAGGUGAGGACAAAGCGUGGAGGUGGAACAAGAAAAGUUGAAGUUUCAAAGGAAGCACAGAAGAAAGAUUUGAUAGAGCAAGCGGUCAAUCUCUUCUUUCCAGAUGGGAAAAGUCUUCUGGGGCCCAUAACAGAUUUUGAGCUUGAUCUCAAGGAUUACCAAGAGUUGACAUUUGAUGGCAUAACCACAGUUGGACAACUGUACAGUGACACAAAACUCUCUCUUCUGCGGUUUUACCUGACCACAAAGCAAAAAAGAAGUGACACUCCAAACAGUCAGAGCACAGAUUUGGCUCCUGCUUUGGAGAAACCAGAAAGCUCUCAGAAUUCCUCUUCUGCUUCUUCUUUUUAUGUUGCUUCAGCCUCAUCAGCAAGUGUUGAAACAGUCAGCUCAGAAGUGAUAUUUUUUGCAAGCACUGUCAAUGAUGGGGGUUUUUCACUGUAUUCGACUGAGGAUGUGUGCAGUGUCAUUGAAGAUGUUUCAGAGGAGAGCAACAUUGUUUUUAUGGGAGACCUCUCUGAACAUGAGCAUCAGAAUCUGGAUGAGACACUGCCUGUUUCACUACAAAAUAUGCCAUCCAGUGAGAGAACAAAGAGAAUAUUGGUUGUCCACAGAGGACAGGUUCUGCCAGAGCUCAUACAACAUUUCUGUGAAGAUGGAAUUCAAGAUGUUGAUGUCAGAAUCCAGCUUGUACUUCCAAAUGGAGCACUUGAGAAGGCAUAUGAUGAUGGGGGAGUUGUGAGAGAUUGUCUCUCAGAAUUCUGGAAUGAGUUCUAUGACCAAUGUACUAUGGGAAAUAUAUUUAGAGUUCCUUUCCUUCGUCAUGAUUAUGGACAGCAGCACUGGGAGAGUGUAGGGCGAAUAAUUGAAUAUGGAUGGGCAAGGGAGAAGUAUCUUCCUGUGAAGAUUGCACCAGUUGUGUUAGAACAGGCUGCCUUUGGAUGUGUGAAGAGCGAUGUAGUGGAUAAUUUCCUCAAAUACAUGUCUGAAUCAGAGCGUGCAGUGUUGGAAACAUGGCGAUCAGAUUUUAACAGCACUGACCAAGAAGAAUUGAUUGAGAUCUUGGAUAACCACAGCUGCAGGAGAGCACCAACAGCGAGCAAUGUAAACGAAAUCCUCCAAGAACUUGCACACAAAACACUAAUCCAGGAACCUGCCUACGUAAUAAAACAGUGGGCAAAAAUUCUCAGUCCAGUUCGGCAUAACUUUGAAGACCUCCUAACAGUAUAUGGCACCUUGCAGCCAACUGGGAGAAAGAUUUUGAAGUCACUUGCCUUCCCAGACACAAUGGAUGACCGCCAGAAAGAGAUUCAGAGGCACCUUACCAUCUACUUGAGGAAUGCUGAUCCCCAUCAUCUGUGCUUGUUCCUCCGAUUCUGCACAGGUUCUGAUCUGUUUCUGGGGAAGACGAUCACCAUUGAUUUCACACAAAUUCAAGGAUUCCAGAGGAGACCUGUGGCACACACAUGUGGUUGUGUACUGGAACUGUCAGAACAUUACGACAGCUACCCAGACUUCAGCUCUGAGAUGAAUAAAGUCUUGGAAUCUAAAAUAGUCCACAAAAUUACAGUGUUUUCUAUAAUACUGCCAUCAGUGUUUUUGUGGGGAGGGCAGUUUGUCCUUUAA